AUGUAUGAAUAAGAGAUCAGCACUGUAUAUAUUCCAGAAUCACCCAUGUAAUUCAAUCAAUAAGGAUUGACUUUGAUUUACACUACUUCGCAUACAAUGAGCAAAUUCAAAAGGAAUCAAAUUAUUUUAUAAACAUUUUGCUAUGGCUUCGCUGCUCUUGCUCUCAAAUCUUUGUACAUGACUCAAUAUAUGUGGGCAUUCAUAUGGAGUAUUCCUAUUUUGAUGAUGCGACCUGUCAUAAGAAACUCGAAAGACAACAUGGAAUCAAUAAUAAAAGAACUUUAUCUCAAUAGAGAUGGCAGAUCUAUUCAGGCUAAAACACUUGAUGAUAAGAAUAAGUAUAUGAAGAUCAAAGAUUUCAGAAGACCUACUCCCAAAGAAUACACUAUAUUCUUGAAUUCUGCUGGUCCUGCAGCCCAAGUCCUUCUUAGUCAAUAUAUUCCCAUAAUGCUUUAGAGCAAAGAUGGAAAGCCUUUGACAUUUUUAUUUUUCAACAAAGAUGGUGCUGUUGAAGGCAAUCAUGAGUUAUUUAAAUCAAUUAUAUUUGGUAUUGAUAUCUAAACUGAAGAUUAUAUCUAGGAUGAAUUCAGAAAUACCUAGGCAACAGAAGUAAAAGAUGACUUAAAAAAUUGA